GAGCUAGACGUGACUGCGUUCUGCCUCCUGCAGCUCUAGCGCUCUGGGGCCGAUCAGCUGCCGAAGCCCUGUUGUGAUUGCUGUAGGAGCGAAGCCAGGAAGAGUUGUCCCAAGGGGAGUUGUCUCUGCUCUCCAGUCUGUAUGCUAAUGGAGAUGUCUUAAACUUGUCACAAGGAGGGGUCUAGGCUCUCCCGUUGCUGAGUUUCCAGGAUGCAGGCCCAGUCUGUGCUCCACAGCGGCUACUUCCACCCUGUGCUGCGCUCCUGGCAGACCUCGGCCACGGCCUUCGAUGCCUCUAACCUCAUCUACCCCAUCUUUGUCACUGACAGCCCCGAUGCGGUGGAGCCGAUCGCCAGCCUCCCCGGACAGGCCAGGUAUGGAGUCAACAAGCUGGAGGGGAUGCUCCGCCCCCUGGUGGACGAGGGGCUGAAGUGCGUGUUGAUCUUUGGCGUCCCCACUAAAGUCCCCAAGGAUGAAAGGGGCUCGGCUGCCGAUGUUGAGAACACCCCAGCCAUCCAGGCCAUAAAGAAGAUCCGUUCCUCCUUCCCAGAGCUGCUGAUUGCCUGUGACGUCUGCCUGUGCCCCUAUACCUCUCACGGGCACUGCGGGAUCCUGCGGAAGGAUGGCACCAUCCAGAACGAGGCCAGCUGCCAGCGGCUGGCAGAAGUGUCGCUAGCCUAUGCCAAGGCAGGAUGCCACAUCGUGGCCCCCUCGGACAUGAUGGACGGACGCGUCGCAGCCAUGAAAGAGGCUCUGAUCUCCAAUAACAUGGGCAACAAGGUCUCUGUGAUGAGCUACAGCGCCAAGUUUGCAUCCUGUUUCUAUGGCCCUUUCAGAGACGCUGCGCUGUCCAAACCUGCGUUCGGAGACCGACGAUGUUACCAGCUUCCCCCGGGCGCCCGGGGCCUGGCCCUGCGAGCUGUGGACCGGGAUGUGCAGGAGGGAGCAGACAUGCUGAUGGUGAAGCCGGGGAUGCCCUACCUCGACCUCGUGAGAGAUGUCAAGGCCAAACAUCCCACCCGCCCGCUGGCUGUUUACCACGUGUCGGGGGAGUUUGCCAUGCUGUGGCACGGAGCACAGGCAGGGGCCUUUAACCUAAAGGCUGCCGUCAUGGAGGUGAUGACCGGGUUCAGGCGAGCAGGAGCUGAUAUCAUCAUUACCUACUACGUGCCCCAGCUCCUGAAGUGGCUGAAGGAGGAUCAGGCGUGAAGUGCCUGAGUGAAGGCAACACACAGAAGGAAACCUGUGAGGAUCGGAAAGGACUGAAAUGCAAAAUGAGGAUUUUUCUGGGGCCUUAGAGAUACAAGGCUGAAUCCAGCCCCAGCGUAAACAGGUCCAGCACCACUGGCUGCAGGGGUGCUGCCCCUGCCUACGCUAGAGCUGACUUUAGCCCAAAGAAGCCAAGGGAGAGCAAUUUUUAAAAAGUGUUAUUUUAGAGCUGGGCUUAAUGCUGAGACCCUCCUCUGGCAGCAAAAUGCCUUAGACCAGAACUGAUCUCCCCAGCGACCCCCCUUGGAGAGGCACCUUCUUAGUGUGAUGGUUUCUUGUAAUGUGUCGCUGUGUGACACCGGAUGGGCGAUUUUUAUGAGAUUCUUCGUAAAGGAAGCGCCCAUUCCCGACCAUUCCUCUACCCCGAUGUCCUUCUCGGUCUAGCCGGGGUGUUGGUAACACAGGGGAAGGCUGAUGUGGGGCAGUUCACCUGCACAUUGAUCACAGGAGUGCUAGUUCGUUGGGGGUGUCUCGAACGUUCACUGCAGAUGUUCUCCCUGCAGUGCACUAGUGACAUAAUUCCUUUGCUCCAGCCCCCAGCAGAGCUUUGCUCUCCCCUGGUUGGGCUUUCUGCACAGAAACGCUGUCUGGGUCACAAACAGGGAAGCAGCAGAGGCAGGCAGGGCUUCCCUUGCUGGUCAGCCAGACACUGCACUGACAUCUAACACUUUCCUCUGGUGAACACGCUGUUUCAAACUUUUUAAUAUGGAGAAAUACCCCAAGAUGCUUCAGAGCCCUCAGGGAGGGGGGAGGGGGUUCCCCUCCGCACGCGCUUGUGCCUUAAACCUGUUAUUGCAUAGAAUAGAGAAUAUUGGCCUGGUUCUGAGCUGUGGCCCUGCUGUCUCGAGGGCGACAGGGCAGGUGGGGCUAGGCAGUAUAAGGGCUUCAGAAGUAUAAUGUCCUGAUUGCUAAUGGGCCAUUGGACAUCCGCCCAACAUUACUAGGAGUUCUUUUAGCUCUGAGCACCCAGAAGACCAGCUCCUAGCACUCACAUUGGCUCUGUCAACUCGCAGUUCAGCUCUGGCCCUUUGAUUCCCUAAUAGGAUACUGUCACCUUAUACAGAAGUAUUGUCAAAAUAAUCUUGCUCUAAAACCCAAGAGCACUAGAAAUGUUUCCCUAUUUUAAAAAUUCCAAUGAAAAUAAUUGUUUUAACCCA